AUGAAAACUGAAGAAUCCUAAGAUAGGGAGGAUCACUUUAGCUGGGUGUUGGAUAUGAUCCGAGAAGGCAAACGACACUUCUGGAACUGAGAUGGAUUGAAAGGAUCGUCAAGAGAUGCGGAAUGGCUCUUGAUAUACCCACGAUCUAAGGCUAACCACCUAAGAACGAAUGUAUGUGUGUUGGUUAACCACCAAACGACACACAAAGAUGAUUGGCUGACCACCAAAUCAACAAGCCGGUUCAAACCGAUGAACUAGCUAAAGAACUCUCUCUCUCACUUAGAGAAGAAACUAAAUAAACUCAAAAACAUCGACUAAUUUUAUUCAUAGAAGAGCUUACAUAUUUAUACUACUUGUGGUCAAAGAAAGAUUAAGAGUUUUUGUGGAAAACUAGAAACUUAGAAAACAUAAACAAAGACUAAGACUUUUGACUAGAAAUAAGUGUGUUGUUGAAUGCCCCUUGAUAUGACCACGACUUUGACUCCUUUUGUUGAUAUUUCUUGAUGCAAAUGGGCAUAAGACCAUCAGCAAAGGCCUGGUCGAAUUUGGUGUAAAACCGACCCAAAUUGAAUUUGUUAUGAAUUUUUCCUUGGGCUGAAAAAGGCUCAUUUCGCCCAAAAACUAAACAAGCUCCUUCUUCAGUGUCACUUAGCUCAUUCAGCUCCAAGCUAGUGUCACUUAGCUCACUCAGCUCAUCCAGCUCAGAUAUGUAAGUGUCACUUCGAUUCAGCUCGACCAGCUCGCCCAAAUAAGUGUCACUUCGUCCAGCUCGUCCAAAGUUAGCUUCUGGCUCGACCAUGGUUGCUUCAUCCGAUGGGGAAACCUUGGUUGGAUCGAGUUGUGCACCAGCCUGGCCCGGAUCUACGAUCCAGGGCACAUCAAAAACACUCUGAAAUAUAAAUAACAAACUUGAAAACUUUGAUUGUUUGUUCUUCUUUUUCUUCUUCUCACUCAGAUCGCAUAAUAAGUUCAUCUGAACUAAAGUGUUAAAUCUAAACCAGAACAAUGGAACAAAGACGAACUGAACCGACUUUGACUUGAUUCUGAUCCUAACCGAACUGAACCAAUUCGAAUCUGAACCUUAUUGAAAAUAACGAAAGAAACAAAGGUAGUUAAAACAUAAUAUAGAGGUAUAGAACGUUUUAAAGAAUUUUAAGAAAAUAGACGAAUUCAUAAAGUCAGAGAUUUUAUAUUUUCCUUGACUCAGUAAAUCGUCCAUAAUGUGGAACAGUUUUGUGCAAUUUUUAAAUCUCAUGAUAUAACUGUGAUGAGACUGUUUCGUAAAACUCGAAACGGAAUCGAAGAACGAAUUCACGUUCUUAUGAUAUACUCUACACUUAGUUAAGAAGGAGAAUAUGGUUUUGCUGGAAGUAUCUGUUUGCGUUGAAGCACGUGUUAAUGGAGAGGUUAGACAUGUUAUGUAUAAUUGGAUGAGUCAUUGCUUACAUUUAUCUUCUUUUGUCAGAGUGCUUCAAAGAGCCUUAAGGUUUUAAAUUCAGUUUUAAGCUCGAAGUUCAGUUAUUUCCAGCUCAAAAUGGAUACUAGUAAGGAUGAUGAUUUCACAUUCUAUAAAGUGAGUUUGUGCACUCAGUUUCUGCCGGAUAAAAACAUGAAAGGUUUAAACUUUAUGAUGAUUGAUUCUUGGUUUGUCCGGUUUUGAAGGUUGUGCCGACAGAUUUUGAGGCAAAAGAUCUUGCAUCACAUGUAAAUGUUAUUGCCUUUAAAGAUCCUCAAAGAAAGUCUCUGAACCAAGUUUCUCCAAAAGAAAACACAGUUGGUUCUUUAUUUUCCACGGUAGUUGAUUCUUCACCUGAGAUUCUCAACGCUUCAGUUAGAAAAAAGCCUGUAACUAGUACAAAAGUUCCAUUUGAAAAGGGUUAUAAGUUAUAACCAGAUGGAUUGGCUGACACUUAUAUGAACACAACCCGAUCUUGCAGGUAAUGCUUUGUCUUUUUUUCUUUCCUAAAUGCAUUUUGAUGUUUUAUAUCAUGAAAGGGACAAUAUUGUUGUGCAAACCUGAAAGAAGAGAGUCGAUCAUGAAAUCUUAUUUCAGUGGAUGGAGUAAAGAAGAACAAAUCAGGAAUUCGACGUGACUGUUUUGAAAGGCCGUGUGUACAACAUAUCGCCUUAUAUGAAUUUUCAUCCCAGAGGUGUUAAUAGGGCUAGACACUUUACCAGAUAUUCGAAGUGGCACCCGAAUCCGAUUCAAAAAAUCUGAACCGAAAUCCAAACCGAAGUAAGAAAACACCCGAACGGAUAUUAAGUAGGAGAAUUUGGAUAUCCGAACCCGAACGGGUAAUAUCCGAACCCAAAUAGAUAUCCGAAGAUAACCGAAUGUAUGUAUAAUUAAUCUUAUAUUUUUAAUUUAUUACUCUCAUUUUAUUUAAAAUAUAUAUUCUGAUGCUUUAUAUAUAUUUUGAGAUCAUAUAAUCCUUAGACUAUAUUUCUGAAGUGAUUUUGCCACAUGUUUUCUCUACAAUCAAUUUCACAAAAUAAAUAUGACAUGGCUAUUGAAAUUAAUGAUGUGGCUUUGGGAAAAAUAUGACAUGAAUAAUUUCAUUUAAUGUUGAUUUAUAUUUUUGGCAAACUUAUUAGAAUAUGGUAUUAAUUCAUAUAUUACAUCUAAUAUUGAUAUUUAUUUUUUGUUUAACUUUUUAAAAAUAUGGUAAUAGCUCAUACAUCAUCUAUGAAAUAAACAUAUUUAUAUAUAACAUUUCAAAUUUUGAAAUAUUAUUAUUUUUUUAUAACUAUAUAAUCUGUAUUAUUAAGGCUUUCAAAAAAUUUUACAAUUUAAAAAAAAAAUUUGAUCGUAAGUUCAUUAGUUUUUUAUAUAUCUACAAAUUUUAUAAAUAUUUUAGGCUAAAUUUUUUUGAUAAUUAUACAAUUUUAUAUUAUUUUAUUAGUUUUAUUCAAAUUGAUUUAAUAUAUAUCAAAUCUAUAUUAAAUAUUAGUAAUAAAAUAUUAAAAUCUAUAAUAUUUAAUAAAAUUUAUUUUAAAUAUAAGUUAUUUUAAAAAAAAUCUUUGCACAUGGUGUAAGAAAACACCUAGUAUACAUAUAAUUACAGAAAAAUGAUUUGUUACUCAUUUAAAAUACAUGUCAAAAAAAAAAAUUUCAUGCAUUAAUAAAAAUUUACAUCCAAACUUCAAAAGUAGUAAUCAAAUUGUGUUUUUAUUUUUAAAAUAUUAUCUCUAGAUCUGUUAAUCAUUCAAUAUAAAUAAAAUACGAAAACAUGUAACUGCAAGUAAUAUUUUUUAAAUACAAGAAACUUGAUAAAUAAAUAAUUUAAUAUUUUUCAAAAUAUAAAUAUCUGAAAUCUGACUCAAAAUAUCCGAACCCAAAUUAAAAAUAUUUAAACCCGAUCCGAAGUAGAGAAAUACCUGAACAUGUUCUGUACUUCUAUACCUAAAUAAUUGAAAAUCUGAAAUAUCUAACCUGAACCCGAACAGAUAUCCGAACACGCACCUAGGUGAUAAUAUGUUGAAUAAAACUGCUAUACUACAAAAUACGGUUCUCCAGCUAACAACUCAUUUAUAACCUUCAUAAAAUGUUUUUUUUUUAUAGAAGCAAAAUAUAUCUUUCUUACUUUACGUAUGAGAAAAAGACAUGACAGCUAACUAAAAUUCUUAAUUCUUUUUUGAUAAUUUGUAUUUUUAUGUACUUUAGUACUUUUUUAUUUCUUUUACGUCCAAAGUAGAUUUGCCGCUAAUAUAUAUUACGAGUCUACGAGACAGUCGUAUUCUCAAUUACACAGAAUUGCUGAAAAUAUCUUGAUGUCAAAUUAUGAAAGCCCCAAAAGCUGUUUUCAAAACAAUACUCAGAAUAAGAAAAUUUGACUUGUCUGGAUGAAUAAGUAAAAAAACGGAUAGAAUUUAGAUCACUAAGCAUACGGACACCUCAUAACUUCAUAUUGAACUUAUCUCAUACUAUUUACCUGCUGAAGAAAAAAAUCUCUUGACUCUUGCAACAAGGAAACAAAAUAUACAUGUACCUUAUGGUCUUGCAGUGUUUCUAAUCAGAGUAUAGGAGAAUCAGAUUUAUGAUACAUUUUGAAUACAGUUUCUUUGUUAGCCUUUUUAACAAAUAGCAGGAAAUAUUAUUAUUAUCCGUAGUAAUCUUAUCAUUUGCAUCUCCAUCUUAUUAUUAUAAAAUGCCAGCACAUAUACGACUUUCUAAAAUUCAAAUCCUAAAAUUGCAAUCUUCUAUUAGUAUAUAUAGUGGUAUCAAACUGUUGAUAAACUAAACACACACAAACGAGAAAACAAACAAGAGACAAACACAAAGCAAAUGAGUUAUCAUCGGCAAACAAGAGGAAACAGAGCACUCCCCUCUGUUUCCACACUUCUCCUCAGUAUUCUCUUCUUCAUCUCCAAGCCAUCUAACGCCCAAUCUUCUUCUCCAGUGUUCGCAUGUGACGUCAUCACAAACCCUUCUCUAGCCGGUUACGGAUUCUGCAACACGGGUUUGAAGGCCGAAGCCAGAGUCACCGAUCUUGUCGGAAGAUUAACGUUGGUGGAGAAAAUCGGGUUUCUUGUGAGCAAAUCUACCGGCGUGAGCCGUCUUGGGAUUCCAGAUUAUAACUGGUGGUCGGAGGCACUUCACGGUGUCUCUGAUGUCGGAGGUGGUUCUAGUUUUACCGGUCUAGUCCCUGGUGCCACUAGCUUCCCUCAAGUCAUACUCACCGCUGCUUCCUUCAACGUAUCUCUCUUCCAAGCCAUUGGCAAGGUUGUGUCGACGGAGGCGAGGGCAAUGUACAACGUUGGAGCAGCUGGAUUAACGUUUUGGUCACCGAAUGUAAACAUAUUCCGUGACCCGAGAUGGGGAAGAGGUCAAGAGACCCCUGGCGAGGACCCGACGCUCGUAAGCAAAUACGCGGUGGCUUAUGUUAAAGGUCUUCAGGGUACUGACGGUGGAGAUCCUAACCGUCUAAAAGUUGCCGCUUGCUGUAAACACUACACCGCCUACGAUGUUGAUAACUGGAAAGACGUCAGUCGUUACACUUUCAACUCCGUGGUGAACCAACAAGAUAUGGAUGAUACAUUUCAACCACCGUUUAGGAGCUGUGUGGUUGAUGGAAAUGUGGCUAGUGUCAUGUGUUCUUACAACCAAGUUAACGGUAAACCGACAUGCGCUGAUCCUGACCUGCUUUCUGGUGUGAUUCGCGGUCAAUGGAAGUUAAAUGGGUACAUUGUUUCGGAUUGUGAUUCAGUAGAAGUGAUAUAUGCGAACCAGCACUAUACCAAGACUCCAGAAGAAGCUGUUGCCAAAUCUAUGUUGGCAGGUUUGGAUUUGAAUUGUGAUCAUUUCACUGGUCAACACGCAAUGGAUGCGGUCGAUGCCGGUUUGGUAAACGAAUCAGAUGUUGACACUGCAAUUUCAAACAACUUCGCGACUUUGAUGCGUUUAGGAUUCUUCGAUGGUGACCCCAAGAAGCAGCCCUACGGCAAUCUUGGUCCUCAGGACGUUUGCACAGCUGAGAACCAAGAACUCGCUAGAGAAGCGGCAAGACAAGGCAUUGUGCUGCUCAAGAACUCUGAUGGCUCGCUUCCGUUCUUACCUUAUGCGAUUAAGACGGUAGCAGUUAUUGGACCAAACGCUAAUGUCACCGAUACAAUGAUCGGAAACUACCACGGCGUACCGUGCAAGUACACAACACCACUUCAAGGACUAGUGGAAACGGUGUCGGUUACGUAUCAGAAGGGCUGUCCUGACGUGGCGUGCACAGAGGCGGAUAUAGAUUCAGCUGCUUCUUUAGCGGUUUUAGCUGAUGCGGUUGUGCUAGUGAUGGGAACAGAUUUAUCCAUUGAGAGGGAGGACCACGACCGACUCGACUUGCUCCUUCCCGGGAAACAGCAACAGCUUGUGACUGAGGUGGCUAAUGCUGCCAAUGGACCGGUGGUGCUGGUCAUCAUGUCCGGUGGAGGAUUGGACGUUACUUUCGCCAAGAACAAUCCAAAGAUCACAAGCAUCAUGUGGGUCGGGUUUCCUGGCCAAGCCGGUGGGCUCGCCAUUGCUGACGUCAUCUUUGGUCGUUAUAAUCCGAGCGGAAGAUUGCCGAUGACGUGGUAUCCUCAGUCGUACGUGGAAAACCUUCCGAUGUCAAACAUGAACAUGAGACCCGAUAACUCAACCGGGUAUCCGGGUCGAAGUUAUCGAUUCUACACCGGAGAAACAGUGUACAGCUUCGGAGACGGCAUCAGCUACACUCAGUUCCACCACUGGCUUAUCAGAGCUCCAGGGUUCGUCUCCCUCGGACUUGAUCCGAGCCACCCUUGCAGGUCUUCAAAGUGCCUAUCGGUGGACGCCACUGGAACGUACUGCGGGAAGACCGUGGAAGUCCAGCUUGAAGUAAUUAAUGCGGGAACCAGAGAAGGAAGCCACACAGUGUUUCUGUUCAUGACGCCACCCGCUGUGCACAGGUCGCCGGUUAAGCAUCUGGUGACGUUCGAGAAGCUGCUUCUCGGGAGGACGGAAAUGGCGGUGGUGAGGUUUGAGUUGGAUGUGUGUAAGGAUCUGAGUGUGGUUGAUGAAACAGGGAAGAGGCAGAUUGCUUUGGGGGAAUAUGUUCUCCAUGUCGGAAGCUUGACGUACUCCCUGUACAUUACGAUCUGAUGUGUUUCAAUUUGUUUAAUAUUUGUGUUCAAUGUUUUAGUUUCUACAAGAAAUGAAAAUUCAUUCAUUGAAAUAAAAAAAGUUGAGAACGUUGAUUGUUU